GCCGUGAUGGCUGGGGACUACAUCCUGUCUGUCGCCUCCGCGAUGCUGGCCAGGAUCCGCAACGAGGAGGUCAUCGUGAUACUGUCUCAGGUCAGUGUUUUUUUUCAGUGCUUAGCGGACCUGGUCCAGGGGGAGUUCAUGCAGUUGGGCUCGAAAGAGAACGAGAACGAGAGAUUUGCGCAUUACCUCAAGAAGAGCUUCAAGAAAACGGCGUCACUCUUGGCGUACUCCUGCAAAGCGGUAGCUCUGUUGUCAGGUGCAGAUGAGGAUCUGCAGGAAGUGGCCUUCCAGUAUGGCCGAAAUGUUGGUAUUGCUUUCCAGCUUCUUGAUGAUCUCCUCGAUUUGGUGGCUUCCUCCAACAUGAUGGGCAAGCCAACGGUCACAGACCUGAAGCUGGGGCUAGCUACAGCACCUGUUUUGUUUGCUUGUGAGAAGUUCCCUGAACUAAAUCCAAUGAUCAUGAGGAGAUUCCAAGAACCUGGAGAUGUACAGAAGGCAUUUGAGUUUGUGCACAAGAGUGAUGGAUUAGAACAAACUCAGUUUUUGGCUCGGCAGCAUUGUGAUGAGGCUGUCAGAGUCAUCAGUUCCCUCAAGCCAUCGAUAGAACAAAAGGCACUCAUCACCUUAACAGACAAAGUGCUCAACCGCGAGAAAUAGUGAAUGUAC